AUGCAUAACCAACUCCUCGCGCUAACCAGCCGUUACCUCUUCCCCGAAGUUGAAUUAAAUGAACAGGCAGUCCGUCUCGUUCUCGGCGACAUCUCCGCCUUCUUCUCCGUACUCCUUCUCGUCCACAGCGGCAUCUUCAUCUUUAAGAAAAUCAGAGGACCCGCCAACAGUAUCCCAGCCUUCCGAUUAUUCACCGCAGACGAAGCCAGACCAAUCCCACCACCCCUCCCAGUCGUACCAUAUCGACCAGACACCUUCAUACCAGUUGUACCCGACGAAGAAGAAGAAGACGAAGAUUAUGCUUGGGACGCCGCAUUCUACCGUGCUCAUAUUGGUGAUCCUGGGAACUACUUUCUCGACUACUCGAUGGAUGCCGUCACUCCCCCUAGAAGUGACUCUUCUGGUGGUGACUCGGAUUUGCUCCCGCCGCCUGAGCGACCCUCGUUCACUAGACUUGUGCAGGCGGGUGGUGUGUUCCGCGCCUUGAGGGGUAAUUCUACAUGGGGCUCAGUGAGCUCGCAUACGACGAGUAGUGCAAGGAGUGUGACGGCGUGGCCGGAUUCCGGACUUGUGCAGGAGACGUUUGAGGAUCCGGAGAUGGAUAGGAUUGCGGCGAGGCUGGUAGAUUUGAGUGUGACGCCGGGGGAUGUGCUGGCGGCGCUACAAUUGACGUAUCCGGAUUUGAGGAUAGAGCCGGUGGGAGCUGACGAGAGUGAUGAGAGGGGGGUUAAUGUGGAGAGCCCAGGUUUGCCAGACGCAGACAUGAUGGAUGUAGAUGUGCGCGUUACAGGACUUGACCUUGCAGGUGUUGAAGAGAACGACCAGGUGGAAUUGGUGGAGAUUCUAAGGACUCUGUAUAGGUUGAAAUUGUUUGUUGAUGAGAAACGUCAAGAUGAGAACAGUCGGUCCGGUUCUAGCGGUGAAGAGGAGAAGCGUGGGCCUACUUCUCGCCUUGACGCGAUGAAUAGUGGGUCUAAUUCGAGGGACCAUGCGGGGGAUGGUCAACCUAACUUAGAUGGUGGCGAGGCAACUAGAGGGUCUGGUUCCGGUAGUGAUCAGAUACCUGCUCUUUCUAAAUGGAGUACUGACAUUGAUGAGUUGUUUAUGUUGGCCUACAACGGAUGA